AGAGGAUGGACAGAGGACAGACAGAGGAUGGACAGUGUUGGUUUGUGGGGACGGAGGCUGAUCUCAGAUCAGAACAGAAGCUGAUUUUACUGGUUUGAUGUAAAGCAGCUGAAGAGUCAAACAAACAUGGACAAGAGGAAGCUGCCGUGACUCACUUCCUCCAUGUGUGUGUGAGUGUGUGUGUGACUCAUUGUGGUUCUAGUCUCAUGGCUGUUGUCUUGUGCCCCCCUCAGAUGGACAGCUGGUAAGGCAGCGAUGGCAGCAGAGUUUCCUGGAUGUGGAGGAGACGACUUCAGAUCAAGACUCCAUGUUGGUCGUCAUGGCCUCGUUGGACGGAAACACGCCGGUUGAGACACUUCUGGCAGCGAUCCAUCUGGAGAGAUACCUGGACACCUUCCAUCAAGCUGCUCUGCUGUUGGCGAGAGACUUCACACACCUGGACCAUGAUGCACUUGUCAGUCUGGGUAUAACUGCUACUGGACACAGGAAGAGAAUCCUACGCUUGGUCAGUCACAUUCAAAGGACAGAAGUUCAACGAGCCAAUCAGAAAGCAGCGACUGAUCUCUCACGUGACCGCUGUCAUUCUGUCACCGACAUUUCUUCAACAGCCCGAGGUUGUGACACUGCAUUUUGCCGUCAGUCGACAGGACCUGUUAACUUUGAAGGUUUCAGGAACAGUUCGGCUCCCAACCUCGCCGCCAUGUUGACAAACUCAGAAACCAGUGGCAGCAGUGCUGUGGUGAAGCCAGUUCCCAAACCUAGAACAGUCUUCAACCGCCGCAGGACUGCACCCGUAAACUUCUGUCCAACACCAGACCCUGCACCGCCCCCACCCAGGAGACUGUCCCAGGAAUCCAUAUGUUUUACUGUGUUAGAGGGUUUGACCUCAGGGGACACACCCUCUGAUCUCAACGACAAGUCGACCACGCCCACUAGAAGACUGAGCCAGGUGGAGAGGACGAGGCCCACUCGAAGUUUGUCUCUAUCAGACGCUGGAGGAAUGUUGCCUCCAGUUCCCUUAAGGCUGAAUCGGGCAGCCCCCCCCUCAAUAUUCCAGGAGUCACUGUCAUCUUCGUCUCUUUUACCUGUACGAACAGAGCAGAACCAAACUUUGUCCUCAGUGACAUCCAGAGCUGUUAGUAACAGCAGCGGACUUUAUGGAUCCUCAACUUCCAGCUCACCCAGAGGAGUUGGGUUGGAGAUGGUCUCUAAUGAGAUCUACUGGGGCACUUUACCUGGAUCUACUGCCCCCACUGGAGGGAGAUGUUGCAGCAGCCAGCAGUCGGCUCCUCCGACUCCACCAAGACAAACUUCUGAGAGAAACAGUGGCAGCACUUUAAGUAACAACUCUUCAGGAUCAGCCAGAGCUUCGACAGAUGAGCCCGAGGAGGAGAUCAGCCCGUACUGUGAAACUGUUUUCCAGACCAGAAGGAACCUCAGUGAGAGUGACAGAAGUCGUCUGGAAGGAAACGAGAUGAGGAAGGAUGAGGAUAAUGCCGAGGAUCAUGGGUGGGAGAAGUUGUCUCAGGCUCUUCACUCCUCAGACUCUCAGGGUUACAGUACCGUCGGAGAGCCUCCACCUCCCCUCCACUGCCUCCCCCUCUCCCUCCACACCUUCUCAUCAGAGACCGACGAGGACUUGACCAUCUCCCCCUAUGCCAGCUACACCUCCCUGUCCGAGAGAGCCCCGCCCAUCAUCAGCGGCUGGCUCGACAAGCUGUCUCCACAGGGGAACUAUGUUUUCCAGAAACGCUUUGUGAAGUUUGAUGGAAAAAACUUCAUGUACUUCGGCAGCGAGAAGGACAUUUACCCUAAAGGAGUGAUCCCAUUGGCUGCCAUCCAGAUGACCCGCCCAGCCAAAGACAGUAAAUUUGAGGUUGUGACGAGUCCGAGAAUUUUUGUUUUCAGGGCUGAAAAUGAAGUGUUGAGGCGGCGCUGGAUGUCGACGCUGCAAGAACACGUCAGAGACCAGCUGGUGUUCGGGAGGCGCCGUUUUGGUCCCGGAACUCACUGUCAGAAACAUGGCGUCCUCGAACUGAAGGGAACCAAGUCCAAAGUAUACACCGCCAUUAACACGGAUCAGAUCUGGAUUCACAAGAGUGAACAGUAUUUCUGUAAUGGAAUUGGAAUGACGGUGAUUGAAGCUCGAGGCGCGACCAUCAGAGAUGGAAAACACAAGAGCUUUGACCUCAUCACGCCGUAUAAAAUCUUCAGCUUCACAGCAGAGUCGGAUCGGGAGAAGCGGGACUGGAUGGAGGCGCUGCAGGAGUCAAUCGCUGAGACUCUGUCGGAUUACGAGGUGGCCGAGAAGAUCUGGUCCAACCGAUCCAACCGGAUGUGUGCCGACUGCAAGGCCCUGAACCCUGACUGGGCCUCCAUCAAUCUGUGUGUGGUCAUCUGCAAGAACUGUGCAGGGCAGCACAGAGGUCUGGGGACGAUGGUUUCUAAAGUUCAGAGUCUGAAGCUGGACACCAGCAUCUGGAGCAACCAGAUUGUCCAGAUGUUCAUCAUGCUGGGGAAUGACCGGGCCAAUGAUUUCUGGGUGGCUCGUCUGUCUAAGUGGGAGGAGCUUGACUGUGACUCCUCCCUUGAACAGAGGAAAGAGUUCAUCACUCAGAAAUACAGAGAGGGACGAUACCGCCGCCAACACCCUGCGUUCAGCCGCCAGGAGGAGCUGCUGAAGGUCUUGUGUUCGGCCGUCUCGGAACAGACACUUCUGAAAACCGUCACUCAGAUUUUCCUGGAGGCGGAGUCAGCGUGUCUCUUGGAAGGUGGCCAACAGCACCACCUGCUGGAUCAUUGCAUCACGUCAGAUCCCAGUGUUUAUGAUGAGAUCAUGCAACCUGUUCUUCACACUGGUUAUCUUUACAAAUCCGGCUCCAUCAACAGAGGAACCCUGUCGAGAAAAACUCGAGAAGACUUCCAGAAGUUCUGGUGUUCGGUGGAUCGCUCGCUGCUCUUGUACGAGUCGGAGCGAUCAGCUGAUCCCUGCCUGCAGAUCAAUGUUAAAGACAUUGUGUGUUUGGGCGUCGGCCGACCGGACUCGUCCAACAACAACAACAACAACAACAACAAUGGAUUCAUGGACAGGUUCCGUUACACCUUUGAGUUAUAUUUGACUUCAGAGAAACUCUUCCUUUUCGGUCUGGAGACUUCCGGCGCUCUGCACAGCUGGACCAAAGCCAUCGGGAAGGCUGCAACACCGCUCAGCUGUCACUGUCUGCUGACUCGGGAGUUUGAGCGCGUCGGUCUGCUGCGCUACCGAGCCAUGUUGGACCCUCAGCAGUGGAAGGAUGCAUACUUUGUCCUGCAGAAGUCCAACCUCUUCAUUUGUCCCCUAAAUGAUGGAGCAGCAGAGGACAUCAUCAACCUGAACCGCCUGCAGGAGCUCAGCAUAACCUCUGAGAAGGAGAACCACGAGAAGAAAGACAUCCUGGUGCUGGUGGAGAAGGGAAGCAUCACAAAUGAGGAGGAGAGCGACCGUGACCCCUCCACAUCAGGUCUCCUUUAUAGACCUGAGGGACACUUCGUGAGGUUGGAAAUGGUGCUGGUGCAGGGAACUGGUCUGGGCCACGAGGGCAUCUACAGGAAGAACGGGGCCAAGUCCAGGAUUAAACUGCUGAUGGAAGAGUUUCGCAAAGACGCUCGAAACGUCAAACUGCGGAUUGGAGACCACUUCAUCGAGGACGUGACGGACGUCCUUAAGAGGUUCUUCAGAGAGAUCGACGACCCCAUCUUCAUGGCUGACCUGCACCCGCUGUGGCAGGAGGCUGCCAAAAUCCCUCAGAAGAGUCAGAGGUUGGACCGUUACAAAGAAAUCAUCCGGAGUCUCCCUCGAGUCAACAGGACGACUCUGGCUGCGCUCAUCAGUCACCUGUAUAGGGUCCAGAAAUGUGCCGACCUGAACCAGAUGUGCACCAAGAACCUGUCGCUGCUGUUUGCUCCCAGUCUGUUUCAGACCGAUGGAAAAGGGGUACACGAGGUGAAGAUCAUAGAGGAUCUGAUAGACAACUUCCUGUAUGUGUUUAAUAUCGAUGAGGAACAUCAGACCCAGAUCGAGCUGGAAAUCAGCCUCAUCACCUCCUGGAAGGACACGCAGCUGUCUCAGGCUGGAGAUCUGAUCAUCGAAGUUUACCUGGAGAUGAAGAUACCAGACUGCUGCAUCACGCUUAAACUGUCAGAGCGACCAUUACAUCCCAAAGAAAAAGUCCUGGAACAGGCCCUGCAGUGGUGCACGAUGGCCGACCCAAGCUCCGCCUACCUGGUGGUGAAGAGAGUUCCUAAAGGAGACGGCCUCGACAUCCUCACCUCCUAUAAGAGUGAGAUUAUGAAGAUCGGUCUGUUGAGGUGUCGAGAGGAACCUCCAAAGCUUCUUCAGGGGAACAAGUUCCAGGAGAGAACGUUUCAGAUCAAGGACGGAAAACUGCUGUUACUCAAAGACAAGAAGAGCAUCAAACCAGAGAAGGAGUGGUCUCUGAAGUCCAUGAAGAUCUACAUCGGUAUCCGCAGGAAAUUAAAAGCUCCAAGCAGGUGGGGACUCACUGUGAUGUCACACAAACACCAGCUGUUCCUGAGCUGCAGCAGUGAGGCCGACCUGUGGAACUGGGUCACCAGCUUCCUCAAAGCUCAGAGCGAUGGCCCCGGUCCUCCGUUGCUGAGGCGUCACUCCUCGUCAGAUAUCUGCAAACAGAAGUUCGGCACAAUGCCGCUCGUCCCAAUCAGAGGAGACGAGAGCAACAGCAGCAUGCUGUCGGCCAAUCAGACGCUGAGAAAGUUACAUGACAGAAGAACUCUCUCCAUGUACUUUCCCAUGAAGGUGCAGCAGGACUCGUUUGAUGAGCGUCCAGAGUCUCCUGACCUCCCAGAGCCGCUCUAUGAAGAGGUCGGAGACUUUGGCCUGCAGGUCCUAAAAUCUCUGGAGACCAGCUUCCUGUCCAGUAGUGCUGCAGAGACCCAGGAGGUCCUGGAUCACCCACCGCUCAGACUUGUCCCCCUAGAGACUGGACACGAUCGUGUGAUCGUCCCUGACCCGGUCCAGACGGACGAUGGCUCUGUGGAGACUUUGGUGCACAGCAGCAGCAGUGGAGGUGGGGGUGGUCAUGGAGAAGCAGACUGCAGCUCUCAAGAAUCGAACGCCCCCCAGCAGCCGGUGGUGAGGAGGAUGCAACCGCUGCAGGGAGUCUGUACUCCGUCCCAGGAACUACUUCUGCAGGAGCUGUCGUCUGCAUUCAUCAAGAAGACCGAGGACGAGGAGGAGGAGGAGGAGGAGGAGAGGCACUAUGAUGUCUGACAAACAGACUGAAGAGGUUCUAAUGCAGCAGAAUCAGGUUAUAUGGGGGGUGGGGGGGUGUCUCAGUGAAACAACGAGGAGACAGGAGGACAAAUGUCAUCUGUCGCUUAGGGACAUUUUUCAGAUUAUAUACAGAUGAUGAUAAUGGAUUCAGUAACUUUUUAGUGAAACAGAUGUCGCAUGUUUGAUUCCCUAUAUUAACGUGUGUCUAAUAAAAAGAUGAA